GAUAAGUGUAAGAUAGAAAGCCAGAGAGGCUACUCUCUCUCUCUACCUCUCUGUAUUUCGCGCUCAACCACCUCCUAGGGCUCCCUCGAGCUCUCCCUCACACACCCAAACUAAUAACACUAUAUAUAGAUAGAUAGAUAGAUAGAUAUAGAGAGAGGGAGUAAGAGGAGUGCUCUGAGCUCUGUGUGCAUUCUGACUUCGAUUGAUGGCGUCGAAUUACGAGCUGGUGCGCACCGUUUUGGGCGUUUCGGUUUCGGAUUCGGUACUGCUGAUUGCCACCACCUCCGCCGCCCUGCUGAUUGGACUUCUGGUCUUCGUAUGGAAGAAAUCUUCGGAUCGUAGCAAGGAACAGAAGUCGCUGGCGGUGCCGAAGUUGCCGCUGCGGGAAGAAGAGGAAGAUGAAGUUGAUGCUGCUUUGGGGAAGACCAGGGUUGUGGUUUUCUUCGGAACUCAAACCGGUACCGCUGAGGGAUUCGCCAAGGCUUUGGCAGAGGAAAUCAAGGCUAGGUAUGAAAAAGCAGUUGUGGAAGUUGUUGACCUGGAUGACUAUGCAAUGGAUGAUGAUCAAUAUGAAGAAAAGCUGAAGAAAGAGUCACUUGCAUUUUUCAUGUUGGCAACAUAUGGAGAUGGAGAACCAACUGACAAUGCUGCAAGAUUUUACAAAUGGUUCACUGAGGGUAAAGAUGAGAGGGGUACCUGGCUUCAACAGCUCACAUAUGGUGUUUUUGGCUUAGGUAACCGACAAUAUGAACAUUUUAACAAGAUAGGUGAAAUAGUUGAUCAAGAAUUUAGUGAACAAGGUGCAAAGCGUCUUGUUCCACUAGGGCUAGGUGAUGACGAUCAAUCCAUUGAGGAUGAUUUUGUUGCUUGGAAGGAAUCUCUAUGGCCUGAGUUGGAUGAGUUGCUCCGCGAUGAGGAUGAUGCAAAUACUGUCUCCACUCCUUAUAAGGCUGCUAUUCCUGAAUAUCGAGUGGUUAUUCACAAUUCAACUGUCACAUCAUGCAAUGAUAAUCACCUAAAUGUGGCAAAUGGGAAUACUGUGUUUGAUAUUCACCAUCCUUGCAGGGUUAAUGUUGCCGUUCAAAGAGAACUUCACAAACCUGACUCUGACCGAUCUUGCAUACAUUUGGAGUUCGACAUAUCAGGGACUGGCAUAAUAAUGGUUGCAGCCAAAGAGGCUCAAAAAGAGAACGAGGAAAGAUUGGAUCUGAAAGAGAAUGGUAUUCAAAUUGGAACUGCAUUACUCUUCUUUGGAUGUAGGAAUCGUCAAAUGGAUUUUAUUUAUGAGGAUGAGCUAAACAAAUUUCUGGAACAAGGUGCUCUGUCAGAGUUGAUAGUCGCGUUCUCGAGAGAGGGACCUGAAAAGGAGUAUGUUCAACACAAGAUGAUUGAUAAAGCAGCAAAUUUGUGGAAUUUGAUUUCUCAAGGAGGUUAUCUUUACGUCUGUGGCGAUGCUAAGGGUAUGGCAAGAGAUGUUCAUCGGACCCUUCAUACCAUUGUCCAGCAGCAGGAAAAAGUGGACUCUUCAAAAGCAGAGGCUAUUGUGAAAAAACUCCAAAUGGAUGGACGUUAUCUUAGAGAUGUUUGGUAAAUUUUCUGGUUAUUCAUUUGUCUGAUUUUGACAUUCCUGGUAUUUCGUUUAAGUUCAAGAUGGGUUGAAGAAUAUUUGAUACUCUACUAUCACGAAGUUUUCUGACACCAAUGGCGGAGGCUGGAAUUUCCUGUGAAAACAAAUCGUUUUCGUGGACAUUUGUAUGGUUUCCUAAUAUUUUUUUGUCAGUCUUAAAAUAUUCUCUUAUCAUGAUAUUUGACCUAGGAUUAUUUUUAGGAUAUUGAUAGACUCAGAUUUAAAACACGUAUACGUCUCGGUUAUUUCCAAUGGGCAUGUAUCUAAGUCGUAGGGAUAGGUGAGGAAUUAUAACUCGAUGCAUGAAAUAGUUCAAUAUUCUUGUAGUUUGUAUCAAGAUAUAACUACAUAUAAUUUUGCUAAUAUUAAACAAGGUUUUAUCCA